AUGAUACCUGUCUCGAAAAUCAUCGAACAUACGGGGAACAUCAUCGAGGUACAGGUGAAGAAAUAUGCCUGGAAGCCCACGAUGGGCCAGUACUACAUCCCGCCGGAGACAUAUCAAGAUGGCGGAGAUCAAUUGAGCAUUCUUCAUAACCUCAAAGAAGGUGUGAAAGUUGGCCUGCCAGAGUGGGAUGAUAUAUUGUCCACGCUACGAGCAAUACACGGCCCAAAUCAAAUUGGAAUAUUCGAGCCAGCAAUUACCAAUUCCGCAAGGAAACCCAUGUUGCAAUUUACACCGCUGCUGGGCGCUCAGUCCGGCUUACCUGGCUCUCAGUCCUUGUUGGAGCUGGACGGAGGUGUCAAGAUACUGAUUGACGUAGGCUGGAAUGAUUCAUUCGAUUUGGCUGAUUUGAGAGAGAUUGAGCGGCUUGCACCAACGGUCUCAAUAAUCCUCCUCACACAUGCAACGCCAAGCCAUCUCGCUGCCUUCGCGCAUUGUUGCAAGCAUUUUCCAUCAUUCACGCAGAUUCCCAUCUAUGCGACGACGCCGGUGAUAUCGCUUGGAAGAACGCUCAUUGACGACAUCUAUUCGUCAAAUCCGCUUGCGUGUACUAUCGUUCCUCAAAAUGACAAUAUCGGGGACUCCACUUCUAGUCGAGCCCCUCAGAUUUUGCUCCCACCCCCCACAUCUGAAGAGAUUGCUUCAUAUUUUGGGCUCAUACAUCCACUGAAAUUCUCUCAACCGCAUCAGCCUCUACCCUCCCCAUUUUCUCCUCCUCUGAAUGAUCUUACCAUCACCGCUUAUAACGCCGGUCAUAGCCUGGGCGGUACAAUCUGGCAUAUUCAACAUGGCAUGGAAUCCAUCGUCUACGCUGUCGACUGGAAUCAGGCGAAAGAAAACGUGUUCUCCGGGGCUGCAUGGCUGCGCGGAUCGGGGGGAGCAGAAGUCAUCGAACAGCUCCGCAAACCAACCGCUUUGAUAUGCAGUGCAGCAGGCGCCGGGAAGACAGCCGUGACUGGUGGAAGAGUGAAAAGAGACAGUAUCAUGUUGGAAUUGGUGCGCGACACUAUUGGACGAAGGGGCACGAUACUGAUUCCUACGGAUACAAGCGCAAGAGUCCUAGAGCUAGCCUACAUGCUAGAACAUGCUUGGAGGAAGGAAGCUUCAGAUCCUAAUUCCGAGAGCCCAUUUCGAGCUUGCAAACUUUAUCUGGCCAGUCGCAAUGUUGGGGCCACUAUGCGUUACGCACGCAGUAUGCUAGAAUGGAUGGAAGACAGCAUUGUCCGGGAGUUUGAGUCUGAAUCGGCCGAUAGCGGCAGCAAACAGCAUAAACGUGGUGACAGCAAGCAUGGGCCCAAUUUACAACAGCGCAGUAAUAAGCCACUCGGCCCCUUUGAGUUUCAGCACUUAAAGAUCCUUUCCACCCGGAAACAAGUCGAAAAAGUGAUAGCACGUCAGGGCCCAAAAGUGAUUCUUGCAAGCGACACAAGCAUGGAGUGGGGCUUCUCAAGACACAUUUUGGAAAAGAUCGCUGGCAAUUCCCUAAACACUAUAGUCUUGACAGAGGACCAUUCUUCAGCGGUCGUAGAUGCUAGCAAUCAAAGUAGUAUUCUCGGAAGCCUUUGGCAAUGGUAUCGACAUGGCAAGUCAUCCGGAGUUGUAUCUCUGAACCCAGACAGUGCGGGAAUGGAGCAAGUCUUAGCAGGUGAUAGACAACUCUCAUUCAAAGAUGCCCAAAAGCUCGCGCUGGAGAGCGAAGAGCUUGAUAUAUAUCAACAAUAUCUUGCAAAGCAGCGUCAAGCCUCGGAUUUUGCAGAGAUGAGCAAGGGCAUGAAUCUCGAGACUUCAGCUGAUGCAGUUGAAGAGGCAUCAUCUUCAAGUUCCUCAGAUGAAGAGUCAGAUCCAGAAAAGCAGGGCAAGGCUCUGAAUACUACCUUCAAAUCCGCAAGGUACAACAAAACUAAGAUCGAGCCUGACAAAGAAGCUUUGGGGGUCAACGUGUUACUUCGUUAUCCAGGUAUCUAUGAUUACGACGUUCGUGGCAAAAAGGGAAAGGAUCAGGUAUUUCCAUUCGUCAACAAGAGAAGACGUGGAGAUGACUUCGGCGAACUAAUCAAGCCCGAGGACUACCUACGAGCAGAAGAGCGCGAUGAGUUGGAUGCCCAUAAUGUAGUUGAUGAAGGAAAGCAUGGUCAAGAGCGACUUGGGCAAAAACGGAAAUGGCAAGAUUCUGGACACGGAGACGACGUAAGACGACAAGGCGCCAAUGGGUCAAAUAAACGACGGCACCAUGAGCAUACCCAAUCUGUUGGCCAGCUAUCACAUGAAAUUUCUAGUAAUACUGUCAAUGGCGCCGCCGGCGACGAUGAAUCGUCUACUGCCUCAGAGGCGGAAUCCGAGGACCCACCUAAUGGUCCGGCCAGACUGGAGGUCAAGCAACGCUCCGUUGAUUUUCGAUUAAACAUCGCCUAUGUCGACUUUGCAGGCAUACAUGACCAACGCAGCUUAUCUAUGCUCAUACCAUUGAUUCACCCAAAGAAGUUGAUACUAGUCAGAGGUGAUGCUUCUGAAACCAGUAACCUGGCGCAAGAAUGCCGAGAGAAAUUAGGUGGCCGAUCAAUUUCUGAUAGCAAUGGAAGCUCAGAUCUCAUCUUUACACCUUGUGUCGGCCAAAAGGUGGAUGCAAGUGUUGAUACCAAUGCAUGGACCGUCAAGUUGAGUGAGACUUUGUCACGGCAACUGAACUGGCAAAAUGUGAAAGGGCUUGGCAUAGUCACACUGGCAGGUCAACUGGCAGCGACUCCCCUUGAAAAUUCAAACCCCCUUGAAGCAACUUCACGAAAGAGACUUAAAGCAGAAAACCAAAGUAGCGAAGACGAGAAGCCCGCCCAUUCAACUAUAUCGACCGAAACUUCACAAUUUGAUACAGUACCAACGCUUGACGUUUUCGCGUCAAAUAUCAUUGCUGACACAAGAUCUGUUGCACAACCGCUUCACGUUGGAGAUUUGAGACUAGCUGAUCUGCGUAAAUUCUUGCAGGCAGGUGGUCACACGGCAGAUUUCAGGGGUGAGGGCACGUUGCUGAUUGACGGACUCAUUGCAGUCAAAAAAUCAGGUACUGGUAAAAUCGCGGUAGAAGGUGGGGGACUAUAUUUGCCAGAGAUAAAGGCACGUAUUCUUGAAGGGUCCUUUUACGCCGUGAAACGCCAGAUCUAUGACGAACUGGCCGUAAUUGCUGGUGAAUGA